CCCAGUAUUCGGCCGAAUCGACUGGCUGGGCUUGGCUCCCUAUUGCCGCCACUGGGCCCGUCCAAAACAUUCGGGAAAAGCUAGCUCACCAGGAACACUCACCAUGGUCAAGGAAACCAAGACUCGCAACACCAAGCGCUCGCCGGACGUGGUCGCCCGCGACUACACCAUCAACCUGCACAAGCGUCUUCACGGAUGCGUGUUUAAGAAGAAAGCCGCCCGUGCCGUGCGUGCCAUCAAGAAGUUCGCUCAGGUGACCAUGAAGACCCAGGACGUGCGCAUCGACUCCAAGCUCAACAAGUUCAUCUGGUCCAAGGGUGUGCGCAACGUGCCCUACCGCGUGCGUGUGCGUCUGUCGCGCAAGCGUAACGACGACGAGGACGCCAAGGAGAAGCUCUACACGCUCGUGCAGCACGUGCAGGUGGCCAGCUUCAAGGGCCUCCAGAACGACACCGUCGACGAGUAAGCUACUGGAUUGCGAAGCCUCUUACGCGUUUCCCAGGCGUGUUCUCUAGUCUCGUUCUGCUGAGUGGUGCUCUAAGAGGCCACGAGGUGGAGGAGAUGUAGAGGCAAAAGUCUAGCGUGAACUUCCUUCCUUUCCGGGGAGUGGAAGCGACUCGUGUUGAGUUCUUUCCAUUAAGAAUCCAUACAAGACGUUCCCAUUUGCGGUUUCCCAU